CAAUCGUGCUAUCCAGUACAAAAGCAGGCAACGGAAAAGUGCUCGCAGAACUUCGACAAACUCUACACAAGUAACAUCCUUUGAGUCAAACCGUACCAUGAUUUCGUCAACCGAAGUUGGAUCUUCGGCCUUUACGCCCGUGUCACAACCUAAGUCGCCAAUUGGGCAAGCCGAUGAGAACAGAGAUGAAUACCAGUGGAGAAAUCGCAACACGAACUUGCCAUUUUCUCGUCAUUUCUGGUCUGUAUGGGGACCAUACUCUCCCACUUUCAGUCCAGCAGCUAUGGAUCAUGUUUUGAAGCCUUCAAGUCCUCCCCUUUGGCCCAUGUGCUCGGCCUUUGGAGGGCCAGCCUAUCCUUCCUUUUGGAAGGAACGCUUUCACCAGUUCAGAUUCGCGUCGUGUUCUGAUGAAGAAAAGCCCAGUCAGUCUUACAUCGGACUUAUCGCCGAAGCAAUCCUAAGCUCACCCGAAGAGAAACUUAUUCUGAGUGACAUUUAUAACUACAUCCUGACACAUUACCCUUACUUCAGAAACAAGGGCACUGGCUGGCGAAACAGCAUACGUCAUAAUCUGUCUCUAAACGACUGUUUUGUCAAGGCUGGGCGCAGUCCGAACGGGAAGGGCCAUUUCUGGGCGAUCAGCUCCGUGUACUAUGAGGACUUCAGACGCGGUGACUUCAGGAGAAGAAGAAUACAGAAAAGGUCUCACAAAAGCCGUAGAGCAUCGAGCGAAUCCAAAGAUGAUGUCGUUAUCUGCAAAGCAGAGAGCAGCGAGGAAGUAGGAAAAGUCACUGAGGAACAAGAUGAAUUGGUUGUCGAGUGUUCCACAAGUGAAUGCGACGAACAGAAAGAAGAAGAACCCACCACAGAGAAGAUUGAAAGUCUUUGCCAAGAAAAGCGCAAGUCGUUUGACAUGGCUAGCUUGCUUGCACCCGAUAGAGGACAACGCGAAGGAGGAUUUCUUGUCCCAGUAUACCCUCGUCCGUUCGACCCAAGUUUCGUGUACACCGCGCGCUAUCCGGCGCAUGUAGGUGAAUAUGUCUCUCCUUCGCCGGUGUUUGAGCGCUCGCAUGGAUCAGAGCCAACAAAGCUUAUUUUCCCAUACAAUUAUAGACUUGCUUGUUAAUUCAGGCAUUUGAACUCUUUGGACAGCCAAUUUGCAGUCGAAAGAAGUCCUGCAAACAACGAGCUCACGUAAACAGCCUGGAUUUUUGCUCCCGUAGAACUGACAAGGUCGGUCAAAUAGGCCGAAAUUAGACUGUUUAAUCAGAGGUUUAACUAUAACAAACAGUGUUUAGAAGAACUAUAUGAAAAGAACACUCACGAGAAAUUAUUUCAGAGUUUGAGUCUAUCUAUUAUAUUUUAGCGUCGUUUAAAAAGAAUAGAGGAAAAAUGAAACGAUUGUGAAAAUAUUUUAUUCCAAAGUAUUUGACUAUGUCAAUCUGAGGGAUUCUUUUCCUGUUUUAGGAAAGUGAUUUUAUUUUAACUCAUUGCAGUAUUUGUAAAUAGUUUCUUUCGAAGAAAAGGAACUUGAAAAAGAAAUUAGUCAGGAAGACACAGAGGAAAUGAUAUAUUAAUGAUUACAGAUUUAAUAAUUCACUCAUUCAGAGCAAGAAACUGUAGCUAACAACUCAUUUGCAAAGCUUUAAAUACUUUCGUAAAGAAAAUUCGUUGUUUCAUUUUGGAACUAAAUUAUUUCAUUACUGAACGCAAAGUUAUUGAAACUUCAAUUUGCCGUAGAUGCUUUUUACAGAGCGAAAGUAAUGUAACGCGUUAAAAUAUUUGGGCUAUUAUUUUUUUUCUAUGGCGAGUGAAGGAAGCUAUGGAGUUAUUUUAGCUGGAUGCACGUAGAAAACUGUCUUAAACUCACUUGUUUAGAUCAGUAAAACUAGUGAAAGCGUAUGGCUUUACCGUUGAAUAAACUCCAGUAUAUGUUUAA